AUGGAGGCUCCACAGUCAGUGGUGUCCCUACAGUGCGGGUGGAAUGUUUCCUUCCUCCGUGCAAAGCCAAAAUCUGUCGAUCCGAUCCAUCCGACAUAA